GGAGAGCACCCAGGCAAGCAACGGCGCCGGCAUCGACGACUUCAAGACCCAACUCUUUCUUUUCUAGCAUAAUUAACAAUGGCCCAACGUGUUACUCUCCGCAAGCGCCAGCCGUACAACACCACCUCUAACCGUCGUCGCAUCGUAAAGACCCCCGGCGGUGUCCUCGUCUACCACCACAUCAAAAAGCUCGCCACCGCCCCCAAGUGCGGUGACUGUGGCUCCAAGCUUGCUGGCGUCCCCGCUCUCCGCCCACGCCAAUACGCCACCAUCUCCAAGACGCAGAAGUCCGUCAGCAGGGCGUACGGUGGCUCGCGGUGCUCCACCUGCGUGCGUUCGCGAGUUGUUCGUGCAUUCUUGAUCGAGGAGGCCAAGGUCGUCAAGAAGGUCAUCAAGUCGCAGCAGAAGUCCACGGGACGCAAGUAGACAGUUCUCUGUCGUCGUUCCUUGUGUCUUUCCCUUAUGCCAGCCUUGUUUUGAGUCUCUCCGUUCAUUGUCGCCGCCGCUAUGUAUGCACCCACGCAGCCACCCACAUGCAAUCACCAUGCUUGAGCCAGAUAUUGCUGUUAUGCACUCCGAACUUUCUGCGCUUGUGAUCCCCGCCUUUCAUGGGAGGUAGGACCUAGGAACUAGCUGUGCGGGUUGGUUGGACUCGCACGCGAUCUUGUAGAUUGGCUCGCGGACUGUAGAAGAAGCUUUGAUGAUACCAAAUAAACGCAAUGACAUGGCUGAU